AACCGUGUAAAGUGUCCGUGAGCCGUAAGAGUAAUCAGUGCACAGUGGCAACCCUUCCACCCACCGUAAGAUGCCGUGGGGUUGCCUCUGUUCAAAGGAGAAAAAACGUCCCCAAAUCAGCAGUCCGAUACUGAACCCGGAGGAUACGCAGAAGCUUCAGUUGCUUCCCGCCGUUAGACGUCCGUUGCUAUCGGAUGCGGAGAAACUCGAGCAACGGUUGCUGGCCCCGAACGCGAACGCCGACUUCGACAACGAGAGCAGCGAAGAAACGCAACCACCGAACGAUGCCGGGCGCGAUCGACUACAGCAGCAGCUGCUCCAGAAGUCACGUCUCAAGUCCUCGAAUCUCAAAAGCACUACCUACACUCGUAACACCGAAAACGACAAGCUAACACGCCACCUUAACACGGUAAAGUUCAGCUUCGAUGAGCCGGUACUCCAGAAGCCGGAUGGACCGUUGGGAGUGGGAAGGCCACUGCGGAAGCAGCCCGACCGGGGCGACCCACCACCGAAACCGGACCGUAGAAUAACCACUGCCGCAACGCAACAGAUUGUGGUGAAACUACCGGAAACCGGUGGAAACGUAUCGUUGGACCACCAGCAUGGAAGCAUCACGUCGAACGCUACGGACGAGAUUGAUUGCAAUGGAAACGGGAACUAUGAUAUUGUGCCGUCGAUUAAGAUUAGCGACGAUGGCGUCGACGGUGCUGACGGGGAAGGGAAGGGAACGGAACACAAAGCCAGCGCCCCGGUCGAUGAGAACAAGAACGAAAUCCUGGUGCCGGGUAGCAGCGAAGGAAGCAUACCCUUCAUCGAUGAGGAUCCCACCCAGAUACUGAGGCAGCUGAACGCGAACCCCCAGCGUGGUCAAAACUUUCAUGACGCUCGUAUCAUCACGCUCACACCAAAGAACGUUGGCUCCGAGGCAACGCGAGCAGCAGCGGCAUCCGAGCAAGUGCACCGAGAGGCCCAGUUGCGCCUGCUGGCGGACACCAAAAAGUUUACCCGCUUUCUUGUGGAACCACCGCCGGUCGCUAGUGUGGAGGCGGUUAAGUUUACGCACAUUUUUCAAAUACUGCCACCGUCGUACGAUCGCUUAUGCCAGCAGUGCCACAAACCUUUACAUCUGGACAUUGGGUUACGGUGCGUGGUGUGUGAUUUCACCUGCCAUCAGCAGUGUGUGCGGUUGGAAAAGAAAAAUGGCCGAGAAGAGGAACAGCAAGCAAUCAACAAAUACAAUUCGCUUCCCCUAAAUGCGAUCAACGCGCAACAGCAGCAACAGCAGCAGCCUAGGCCAACCACAAACCUGAACCAUGUAAAUAACAACCAUUACCAUAAUUAUUCGCAUCAGCCGUACUACAAUCGGCAGCCUCAGCAGCAACAGCAGCAGCAGCAUCACUCGUACCCUGUCACACGGAUCGCGGAAGAACCGUCGCCCAAGACGAUACGGCUAAACUACGUCGCGGAGCGGAUUCUCGCCUCAACCCUACCGGCCCGGCAGCUUCAGAAUGGGUCCUCGUCACCGCACGCCACUAACGGUACGCCGGCCGCCGAUGAGCACGAGCGCGAACUCAUCGACAUGCUGGAACAGAAGUAUAAGCAGAACUACCGGAUACUCGAUCUGGAGUCGCGUCUCGUCAACAUCACGCUGGAGAAACUGUGCGAGCUGUGCAAAUACAUCGAUUCCUGGCUGGGCAGUGGGAAGGAAAAGAUCGUCGUUCUGCAGGACAGGGAAGAUAAACAUCGGCUCGGGACAGCGGUCGCAGCGUACCUGCAGUAUCAAAAAAUCUGCGGCUCGAACAUUCCGCAGGCUAGUGGUCAGUCGAAAAAUUUCCUUUCGCCCGGCGGCACGGAUAAUGGCCGUAAAACACCCACCUGGUUGGAUUUGGACAUCUACUCGAUGCAAAAGUUUCUCGAAUCGGUUACCGGUCCGCUGCGCAUUCCUUCCCACAAAAGAUACAUUCAAUAUUUCUCCGGACUGCUGUCGGGUGUGAUCAAGUUGAAUUCGUCCUGCUUCUUCCUGAAAGCGAUACGGGUCGAAUCUCCGCCAUGUUUGCACUAUCGUGCCAUAACCGUCAACAGCGAGUGGCGCAGUUUCAUCAAAAUCUUCGAAGGCGUGCGGUGCCUGUUUACGUCCGACAUCUACGUCAUACCGCUCACCACGCGGCACUUCAUCUAUGAGAUCAAGCAUCCGCUACGGUUGCGCGGUGACAUCCUGGUGCGCUGCUACCAGAUCAUACCAAAUAACAACAUGGCGUCCUAUGAGAAGGAGCUGAUCGCGUCCGUGCAAUUUCACACAUGUGCCAUAACCGAAAAGGAAGUACAAUUCCACAAGGGAGAUCUAGACUUGGCGUGCCAGGAUGAGCGCUACUCAACGGAGCAUAUGAUGACGUUCUGUUUCGACACGGUACCAAACGACCGGCCGAUGGUUCUCAUCAUGCAGGAUCCACUCGUACGGAAGGAACCGAUUGUGGAAAAUGGUGAUCAACUAGAAACGAUCAAUGAAGGUUGGUCCAAACAAGAUGAGUCCGGCCAUACGCAAGGCCCGCUGGAUGGAUCAUUGUACGCGACGAUAUUGAAGAGCCCAAAGUCUCCGACGGCGACGCAUCUCAUCUCACCGCCGGCCGAGUUCAGCAACGGCAAACCGUUGCUAGCGAACGGUGGCGGCCCACCACCGCCGGUGCCGGAACGUUCCAAGACACCGAACUCGAUCUAUCUGAGCUACAGCGGGACGCCCCGGAGUACGCCCGUGCCGUUUGCGGUGGCACCGCCACCGGUGAGUCCCGCGUUCGGGAACGGUUCCGUGCACGGGGACGCAAAGUAUGCGCUGAGCGAGGGCAAGGUUGCGGCGAGUGUUAGGGCCGUGUCUGGUGGCAGUCCCGGUGCGGGGACGCUAGCGCCCAGUAGCAAACCGCGACCGCCCGGUCAGGUCGAUGGCCGCGAGUCGGUGCGCAGCCCGCUGACGGUGUCCAUGGACUCGGGCAUCUCGAGCAGUGGCCCAGUUAAUCGUCGCAUACAGGGAUCGAGCGUUUCACCGUCAAGUUUUCCGAGUCCGCAAGCUAGUCCGCAAGAUGAUCGUCAUCGGGAGCUGGACGAUCUGCUGUCCGAUAUGAUGCUCACCGUGCAGGGCAUCCCGGACGUGGGCCAAAAAGCGGACCAAACCGACCAUCACCAAGCGCAGCAGCGCCAACAGCCGCACCAUCAUCACCACCACCAGAACCCCAACGAUCACUUCGUCAACACCAACACCGACACGAUCAAGCGCUCGCACUCGGCCCAGCUGCCGGUCGCCGCACGCGAGGACAACCGUUCGCGUACGCCCUUAACGGUGAGUGACUACGCACCGUCGGUGGCGGCCGCCGCGAAAGAGCGCGAACUGCUCAUGUACGAAACGUCCAGCACCACGACGACACUCACGCCGCCCCCGAGCGAGAGCGGCCGCGAAACGCCACUGCUGAGUGCCUACGCAUCGGUCGCGAUUCGCGAACGUGAGCUGCAAAAUAUAAAUAACAAUAAUCUGACGCCAGCCGAGCGCGAGCUCAUCAUGAGCGUGCAGCGCCAUCCGCAUCAGUCGCUUGCGUAUCCUCGACCGGCACGGUCGACCACGGGAGCAUCGGAACGGUUUACCUCGGACGACGACGACGAGCUGCUCGGUGGCGGAAGCGGUGGCCAGAUACCGUACCACGCACGGGAAGACUCGCGUCCGUUCACGUACGGCAACAUACCGGCCAGCGGGACACCGCAGCAUCCGCCGGCCGCCACUAUGAUCAAGAUGCAAUCGGGCCUGUCGAGCCCGUCGAUGGUGCGGAAGGCGCUCGGUACGCCGACGGCGGCCCGCAAAACCGCCACCCUGCCGCGGAACGACUUCGAGGAGAUGUUGCGCGAGCGGCGCGAAAAGGUGCUCAGUGAAAAGUACACGAUCGGCGACCAGUCGCCGGGUGGGAUGGGCGGUGGUAUGAUGGUUAGCGACACCAUCAACAACAACAGUGGUGGCGAUGGCCGGUGGACAUAUCAGCAGCAUCACACCGUCAAGACGGUCACGGCGCAGGGCGCAACACCGAACGGCUAUCCGGCGCACGAACCGCUCAAACGCUCCAACACGAUGGAUGGAAGCUUCGGGCGUCAGUUCUCCAACGAAGGCAUAUCCGGUCAGUCAUGGCUGCAGCUUCAGCAGCAAAAGUUACGCGCCCGCCGGGAACAGCAGCGGCGAGAACAUUCGAAUAGUUUUAGUUACAACUAUGGCAGUCCGGCUUUCCCGACCGGUGAACACGUCUACAACACAACGCACCGACGGAGCCAGACGCUGUCGCCGGUGCGGAAUGAGCGGAACUAUCACACGCUCACGACCACCAGGACCCAUUCGACGGAGCGGCCAUUCGUAGCGGUACAGCGAGCUCACGAAAAUGCGAAGCUCCAGACAAUUGGGAAUGCACCGCUCUCCAUUUUGAAUGCCUCACCGCACGGUCACAUUGCACAAGCACAAACCCAAGCCUCAUCGCCAUCGCCGACGGUAUCGUCCCCGUCGCCGGCAUCACCGCCCACAACCACAUCGGUCUCGAUCACCAACCAUCAUCACCAUCAUCAGACGGUCAAUGGAAGCGGCAGUGCUGCCAGCAGUCCGGUCAAUGGUCAGGCACAUGCGACACCUCAGCAGCAUCGGCACAUCAACGGCAAUGGCGUUAAUCACUAUCAGCAGCAGCAGCAGCAUCUGAACAACAGCAGCCUGAACGGCAGCAGUGGACUGUUGUCCCUUGCCGAACAGGACCAUUCGACUCCGAAGCACGGACAGGUUCGAUUGGAGUCCGAACAGAUAAUAUUCAGUAACAUACACAGUCUGAAUAAUCUCGAUAACUGCGAAAAGCUCAAUAACCUGCUAAACGAAAUAACCAACAGUGCGGCGGCUGUGGCCUCCGUUGCAACUCCGCCGGAACCGCAGCCCACCGGUACCCAGACCGCUGCAAGCGCAGGCGGUGGUCAAGCAUGCGUUAGCCCUAACAUUACUACUGCCAGUGUCACUACCAACAGCUCGCCAUCUUCCUCCAUGUCCACUAGCAAUAAUAGUGCAAGCCUCAUUCAUAAUCACACCCAUCAUCUAAUCGACACGUACCACGAUCAUCAACAUCCUUCCCAUCAAUACUGUCACCGAAAUGGGCGCAAGGUGCCGACCGGCGACCAGGAACCGAUGGACCUGUCCUCGCCGGAUGGUAGCGUCGAUGAGAAACCGGUCGCCUGCGCGGUGAAUGGUGAGCGACGAAACGGUCACGACACCGGGUCCGUCACUGUGAUUGGUCAUGGGCAGCUUGCGCUGGAUAAGCUGCUCGCCUCCCUAGCGCUCGAGAGCGACGUUACGGAAGAGCAUUUGGCCAAGAUCGAAGGACGCACCGACACGAACGGGUGCUGCCCGGUGCAGCGGCCUACGGGUGACUUUCAUCCGUCGCGCGCACUGUCGGACGUGCUGGCCAACCUGGCCGAGUACGAUCUGACCGAAAUGCAGCGCAAUGGUGGUAACAAUCUGGUUGAUACGACGAACGGCAAUUAUAGGCUGUAUCCGGCCCACGGUUUGGAGCUGGUGAACGGUUACACCACGCUAAGCAAUGGGCACCACCACCUACCCGGGCAACUUCAGCGCAGUACCAGUCGAAGUAGCAACGAUGCAACCGUUGCACACCAGUCGCACCAGCAACAGCAGUCACAGAACAGCUCUCCGAACGUGCAGCAGCAGCAACUCCAGCAGCAGCAUCACCAUCACAAUCAUCCCCAUCAUCCGUUACUAAUGAAUAACCAUGUGCGACGAAUUGCUUCCGAAACCGACAGUACCAUCUCAUCCAUUUCGCCUAGCUUAUCCGAACGCAGCAAUGCGAUCUCUUGGUGCGAUCAGGCACGCGAAGAAUCGUUCUCGUCGUACCGCUCGGAAACGGAACCGGACAACUCACCGAUGGGUGGAUCGCCGCGCCCAGAAACGCCGGCCUUCCCGGUAACGCCACGCACACCGUACGGGCUGAGCAAUGGUACCUCCAGUCCCGCUCUUCCACCCAAGAGUCCGACAUCACAACGCAGAAAAAAUAUGCUCUACAAACACCUCGAAAAGCUUGCGCUUGCGAAAGCAUCCCUGUUUCAGUGCGUUGCACCGGUCCUUGAGAAACGGACGCAGGGAUGUACAUUUUACUAUGACAAGGACCUGUUCAGUGGCAACCAGCGGGCGCAAGAGAUCAUCAACCAGAACGAAACACUGUCCUGCUACACAUCGCGCCGCAAUUCAACCACCUCGAACGCCAACAGUGAACCGCAGGAGGUAGCACCCCAGUUUGUGAAGUUUGCCCGCGACUCCUCCAAGUACUGGUACAAGCCGAACAUUAGCCGGGAGGAGGCGAUCGCACUGCUGCGCAAUGCGGCACCCGGUACGUUUAUCGUGCGCGAUUCGACCACGUUCGCGAACGCGUACGGGCUGGUGGUGAAGGUGAACCAUCCACCGCCCGGUGUGCAGUACACCGGACCGAACAGCGAGGAGCUGGUCCGACACUUCCUGGUGGAACCGACGAUCCGGGGCGUCCGGUUGAAGGGUUGCGCGAACGAGCCCGUCUUCACCUCACUGUCUGCGCUGGUGUAUCAGCAUUCGAUUACGCCGCUAGCCUUACCGUGCCGGUUGAUCAUCCCCGAUAUGGACCUUCAACAGAUGGAGAAUCAAACACCGGCGCAACAGCAGUUGCUGCAGCAAGGCGCUGCCUGUAACGUGCUAUAUUUGUUCACCUGCGAUACGGAGUCACUCACCGGACCACAAGCAAUAAGGAAGGCAGUCAGCUCGUUGCUUGCGCUACGGCCCCUUCCGAAACCAACGCAAGUGCACUUCAAGGCCUCACUGCAGGGUAUUACACUGACAGACAACACGCGACAGUUGUUCUUCAGACGGCACUACCCAUCGAACAAUGUGUCAUUCUGUGCUCUCGAUCCGGACGAUCGUCGAUGGAGCAUUCAGUCGACUACGGGAGAUAUUCCCGCUUCAAAACGCAUGUUCGCGUUCGUGGCGAAGCGGUCGCCCUCGUCGGCCGACAACCAGUGUCAUGUGUUCUGCGAGCUGGAACCAACGCAACCGGCGGCGGCCAUCAUACAGUUCGCCAACAAGGUGCUGACCGGUACCAGCCAGCAGCCAGCAGUUACCAGAGCAAUCUAAUAGGCCCGAGGAUUCAUCUGAAACGCACAAAAAAAAUGGAGUAAUAGCACGCAUACUCCAUCACACACACUCUCUCUCCGACGACGCACACACCCGCAAGCGCAAAACAAGCAAUAACAAAUGCGACAAAAGGAAGAGCAUAUUUUACUAAUAAAACAAAACGAGAAAAUGCACGCCGCAUUAUUUAAAAAGAAAAAAAAAACAGCAAACCGCUAGUGGAAAGCAAGGCGUAAACGAUUUUAUAACACGCACGCACAGCAAUAUGCGCACAUAUAUAUGUGCAAUUGAAAGCAGAAAGCAAAAGGAUACUAAAAUACUUAAUACGGUGUUAAACGAUGGUACUGGAGAUAGUCGCGGGAGGAGGAGGAUCGGCAUCGACCCUAAGGGCUUGUACUGUGCGCCAUCUUGUUUUCACCACAAACAAGCAACCGUCAACUACCAUACUUUAUUCGUGUAAUUGUGUAAUUAUUACUUACUAUAAUUUAGCCAUACCGUAGACGCUGUGUGAAGGGUUUACAGCAACCCCGCGCAUGUAACCCCUAGUUUCGUCGUGCAUGUCGUGUUACAAAGGAAGAAACGAACGGCCCCCUCUAAACGUUCUGUCUGUACGCGAAUUUGUUGUACCCUCAGACACACUACUUCGUUCUCGCUUUCGAACUGCGUUUUAUGCGUUGUCCAGUGAGCGUUCGUGUAGGGCACUGAGCACUAAUUAUUGAAACAUUUGCUAGCCCGUAUAACACUGCAUUCGAUUAGGUUUCCCGAACUAAAACUAAACGUUGUUAAAUAGUUGUGUGUAAAAAAAUAUAUAGGAUCGCGAAAGUAAAAGCGCACUAUGCUUCUUUUUUUUUCUCUCCCGUUUCACACAGCCACAGAGCUACACUGUGGGUUUUGUUGUAACAAAAAGCGAAAGCUCAUCGCGUUCGAACCCUUCCGACAGGGGAAAAAAUCCGAACGGAAUGGCAGCAAACGAUCGUGAAACUGUGACAAUGUGACCUCUAACGUGUGUCUGCCGAGGAGAGAUUUCCACAGCGGGAAAACGUUCCACUGCAUGUUUGCCUUAACUAACGUAAAAACCAACUAAAACUGAGACAGAAACAUAUAAAACAAAGCACGCUUUUAUUAACAACGUGAUCGAACACAACUCUUCGGUCCCCUUUUCUUGCCUUUAGGGUGUUUAGCAAACAAACGAGUUCUAGUUUCCGCACUACUAAAUUGUACAUUUUUCGAUUAAAACAAAAAAACUCACUUUUCUUCAUGAAUUGUUUCGUUGCGAAACGAAAGUUUAAAGCAUUUGCAAGAAAUUGUUUAAUUACAUAUGAUUUUUUUUUUCGCUUUGCGUGCUUUCGCUGGCAAAGGUAGGAAAAAGAAGGACGUUGUUAUUACUAGAAUUUAUAAAUCAAAACAAACAAACAAAACGAACGACUAAGUGCUACUCGGAACUGAAAAAGUGUAACCCCUUUUCAUGUACGGUCGCGAACUUAAUGAGAAUAACGAAAAACUGAACCGAAUCGAAUGUAACUUAUUAAACAAUUUGCGGUUUAGAGAUCGCGAUAAUACGAGUAACAGGGCGGAGGUAACGUAAAAGAAAGGUCAGUUAAAUAGCAACACAUAGCCAUGAAGCGCUCAUGAAAUGAAAAACAAAACCCCCCGGUGUGCCUCAUCGACAGAAGGAAACAUGCAAUGUACGAUAAUCCAGUGAGAUAGUAGGGCAACAGCAAUAAUGUUAAUAACUAAAUAACACACAAUAUAUCAGAAUCAACCUCACGGCGUAAAGCAAUGCGAAGAGAAACCGCACACGGCAGCAGGUCGCAAUCGUAAUAACCUCAAACGUAGCACACUUUUUCUAACCAACAAAUCAUGAACGGUUUCUUCUUAACACGGCACACAAGCAUACGAAAGGUUGAACAAAAUUGACAUUUCAAAGCAAAACCAGCAUCGGCAGGUGGAAAAUCCGCGAGCAGAAAACACUACUAGUCGUUGUUAGAAAGUGUAAGACAGAAGCAGUAAGGGCCGCCAUGAACAGCUCGUGCAUGCCGGUAAAAACACAGCGCACAAAACAGAGGAGUUGUACUUUUUUUUAUUGUUGUUUAGUUAAAAGAAAUCGAUCUAUUGUUUUUUCUUCGCACUUCUUCUAUCUAUUCCGUUACACCAGAGUUAGGUAAAUGAUGUAAUCCCUUACCUUGUCUACUUUUUUCUUUCUUCCCCCACCCCAAAUUCGAUCACGUGCGGAUCAAAGGAUCACGCUGGUCUUAAAUUAUUUCUAAUAUAGUAACCUAAAUUAUUCUAUCACAAUCGAAUGAUAUCAAGUUAGCGCGGCGAGAUUUCAUUCUCACCGAUGUACGUGCGAUGGUUUCGGUGCGAUCUUAACUUACAGAAAUCAUCACUAUUAACACAUUCAAACACGCAUGAUUCGAUUAAUAACAACCAAUGUAUAUAGUUACAGUGAAUUUCAUGAAAUAAUAAACAAUCACUACGAACA